GGGGAAAAAAUAAAAACGAAAAUAGGGGGAAGGGUAUUUUUCUCGGGCAAUUAGCAGAGCUUUCUCUAAUUCACGGUCGCAGGGUGACGGCCUCCCAACAGAAUCAUUCUUUGGUCUUCCCCGUCGUCGUCCCGGUCUCGUCGUUUUAGCGUUCUCAGUUCUGACAGAUGAAGUCAGAUUAUCAUUCAAUGGACUCUGAGCAUGUAAACAAAGGUUCAGAGGUUUUUGUUGGUGGGUUGGCUCGCGCUGUUACUGAGAGCAAGAUUCACGAGGUGUUUGCUAGUUGUGGGGAAAUUAUGGAAAUACGUUUAAUGAAGGACCAACAUGGCAACUCAAAGGGAUAUUGUUUUGUACGUUUUACAAUGAAAGAGGCUGCUGAUAAAGCUAUAAAAGAAAAGUCUAAUUUCCUGCUAGAGGGUAAAAAAAUUGGUGUUCUUCCAUCAACGGAUCAAAACUCUUUGUUUUUGGGAAAUCUUCGCAAGGAUUGGAGUGCUGAUGAAUUUGAGAAGAUGGUGCACCAGGUGUUUGAAGAUGUUGUAUCUGUUGAUCUUGCAAUGCCUUUGAGCAAUGGAAGUGUCCCUGCUGGACAAAAGCAACAAAACCGAGGUUUUGCUUUUAUAGAGUUCUCAUCUCAUGCUGCUGCCGCCCGUGCAUAUCGCAUGGGGUCAAAAUUGGAUUUCUUACUUGGUGGUAGUUGGCAUCCAGUUGUGCAGUGGACCAAGGAGGAGCCUGAAAUUGAUCCUGAAGAACUUGCAAAGACAAAAGUAGCAUUUGUCAGAAACCUUCCUACUGAUGCCGAUGAGGACUACUUGGAGAAGCUGUUUGAGCCCUUUGGAAAGUUGGAGAAGGUGGUUCUGUCCAGGAAGGGUCAUUCCUGUGCUGGGUUUGUUCACUUUGCCAAGCGCUCGGACCUUGAAAAUGCAAUCAAGGAAAUGAAUGAAAAAACAGUACAAGGACAGAAGGGAGGUAUGACAUUUAAGCUUCAGGUGGCUAUUGCAAAGCCCUUCGACAAAAGGGGGAAACGAGCUCGUGAUGAAUCUGAAGCUAAGCCUAAGAAUCUGAGCAUUUCCAAACAUUUGAAGGCUGACCCUGUAAGCAAUACUUCUGGUCGUCUUACAUCAACAGGUCUAAAACUGAAGCAUUCAAUAGAGGAGCCAGAUGCUACAGAUCCAUAUGAAGCUGCUUUUGUCUCAUUACCUUUCGCUGUUAAAGAGCGUUUAUUUCGGAUCUUUCGCCUUGGCAUUGGCACUCGAUUUGACAUUGACAUCCAAUCCAUAACUAGCCUCAAUGAAUUACCGGAAUCAGCUGCUAUAUCUGUACUUGAUCAGUUCAUGUUAUCAGGAGCAGAUAGGGCCAACAAGGGAGCAUAUCUUGCUGGGUUGAUUUCCAAGCACCAAAUCAACAAAUUAAGAUUGAAUAGUAGCACAUUGCUUUUGCCAAGAUCUGGGGAUUUUGCCUCUGUGGAACCACUGUUGCCUAGGAUAUCUGAGAGAGUUCACUUGCUGCCUGUUGAUCCUCUAGCUCCACGUGUAGGCGCGACAGCAACUAGAUAUGAUAGUUACAGAGCAUCCCAGAUGAUAUCUCCAUAUUCCUCAUCAGAUUCAGAUCCUCCUUUUUCCCAUUUCAUGCGAUUUGGUCAGGAAAUCAGCCCUGCCCCACUGCACCAAACUCGUUAUCCAGCUACUUAUGGAAAAGAUGGGCUAGAUCCUCCCUUCACAGCUUCUGCUCAUUAUCAUCUGCCUGCUCGCUCUCAAGUUAGGUUUGACCCUUUCACGGGCGAACCUUACAAAUUUGAUCCCUUCACUGGUGAGCCCAUACAGACAGAGAGUCUACCUCGCCAUUCUGGGAGCCGAUAUUGAUGAUGGGUGCUGUGUCACCUUGUUUUCCAUAUAUAAGAAAAGCAGUAAAUUAUGGAUUGCCGCAAAUUCAAGUCUCGCCACUUGUAUAUUGCACAAGAAUAGUGAUGUUCAUCAUGUAUGAUAAGGUUUUGUGGACACUGUUGGCUUGGUAGGAUUGUUAUUUUGUAGAAUCAAUGUAGGUUAGUACUGUUAUUUGGAGGAUGAAUGGGUGAUUACAUUUAAUUCACUAAUUGCCCAUCUAUUCUCUAAAAAAUUGUGGGCAACGUGUGGGUAUUCAUCGCUUGAAUGGUUGCAGAAAAUGACUUUAUAAGAGCUAUUUGGUAAAAUAGUUAUUACAUUA